AUGGCCCUGAAACCCACGCUAGCCGGAUAUCCUUCUGCUAUGUGGGCCGAUACAGGAUUGAGUGCUCUAGUGCUGGUUCCAUUAGCAGAAAAGAUCCUCACGGGUCUAUCUGCGUGUUUCUCCUUGAUGGGCAACCUGGCCCAGCCAAGUCCCGUACUGGAAGUGCCUAGCAAAAGUCGGUGGGGCGCACACGCAAAGAGAGGAAGGAGACAACAACAAGGCGAAAAAGGAUUAGGCAACAGGGGUCCGCGUGUAUGCAAGGUCCACGAGGAAUGGAGAGAACAAGGGAACAUGUACGAAGUACACGCAUACAUCCAUCCAUACAUGGUACAUACAUAUGUGAGAACCAUGUGGGAGAGUGCCACUAGAGCCAAUGAGGACUGA